AUGUCUGGCGAUAGGGAUCUCGGCGCAACAGAGGAAUGUCCCUCCUUGCCCUGGAGGAUCUUGUCCUCCACGACAAUUUUCGGGGUUGCUGCGCUAUGCCGCUCGUUCUUGUAUGCGUGCAGUCGACCUGAGGUGAACGGUCUCGAUUCAUUCUUAGAGUUACUCGACUCGCGUCAAGAUCCAGCUCAAAGAAAAAAAGGGUUACUCACAGGUAUCGCCCUUAUGGAUGAUCCGAUCAUGUGGGGUUUCUUACCGUUGCGAUACAAUUUUGGGCUCUCGAACUGGAACAAGAGAUGGGGGUUUGGCAGUCAUGACAUUUGCUUUCAGGGCAGGCCGUUAUCCCUGUUCUUCACCAUGGGUCAAGUUCUGCCUACCCAUCGACUUGCGCACUCACCGUACGGUGGAGUCGCACAGCCGGCCGUAACCCAAGCGAUCCGAUUGUUGUCGAAAGGGCCUUUCUCCGUUGACGCUCACGUCGCCCGUCCUGAACGACAAUAUUGGAGCCGGCAGAAUGUCUGCGUUGAUCCCUUUUCCGAUCUUCCCAUGGCGUACACCACUAACGGAGAAGAUUCGCAUCUGGCUCCUUCGGCGUUUGCUUGCAACUCCUAUUCCUGGGUCCAUAUCUUCCCGGAAGGCAAGAUCCACCAGGCACCGAACAAGACCAUGCGCUAUUUUAAAUGGGGCGUUGCUCGACUGAUUCUGGAAACCAGUGAGUGCCCUGAUGUCGUCCCUAUGUGGGUAGAAGGCUUCGACCAGGUCAUGCAUGAGAGCCGUGAGUUUCCACGGUUUCUCCCACGGCCAAGAAAGGAUGUCAGCGUUACCUUCGGACAGAAGGUGGACACCGAGGCAGUGUUCGGAGGUAUGAGACAACGAUGGCGGGAGUUGAAAGCCAAGGCCGAAUUGACGGCUCCGGAAACUCGCGACCUCCCCGUCGGUGUUUUGAGUGAUGAACUUCUCUACGGCAAGGAAGCAGUUGAGCUGCGGAAAGAGGUCACGAAGAAGGUUAGGGAUCUUGUAUUAGACGUAAGGCGAUCGAGGGGACUGCCCGACGAAGAUCCAAAAGAAGGUCUAGUGGAGACCUGGCUUCAGGAGGGCCCCAAACGAGAAGGAAAGAUGCAAGAUGACUCCUGGCAUCAUAAGUCGACCUUCGCAAAACCGGCUAGCACCGCUCAUCAUACCCUAGCCUCCUCCGGACUUCGAGAUCGUCAAAAUGAUCGCUCCCGGUCGCAGGUCUCAUCCUCAGCGGAGCAGCCAUCCGUCAACGACCUGAUCAACCAUCUCCGUCGUACUCAGGUAUCCCACGCCCCUUCCGAAGAUGGCCCCAGAAUCUCUUUCCGGGUCGCUCCUCGGUCCGUUCAUCCUUCCUUGCGGAACCUAUUGGAACUGCCUGAAACUCCGCCUCCUCGCCCUCGACCGGGUACCCGCCGAGUCGGAGUUCCUGGACGGCGGUUGAGAAGGACUGCCGGACCCCCACCACCUGAGAGCUGGAUGCUAGGAAACUAUUCAUUGGAUAUAUCAGAGGAAAGCGGGUUAGUUGAGACUGGUGCGGCGGGAAUGGGGAGGGUCAUCUGUCGCCUCGAUCGUCUCCCGGGGACGAUGUUUCCCCAGAGAACAACUCUGGUACACAUGGUGCUCAAAUCUAUGGCUUUGCAUUGGGUAUGGCACCUUGAGUAUGAUGGGCAAUUUCUUGCGCUCUUACCCAGCCAUAUCAAGGUGCUGCUGCUCAGUUAUAUUGGAAUUCAUGCCAGAGACCAGCCAUUGCGGGGCAUGAUGCAUGGUCUGAGGCCCUUGUUCGAAAAACGCCGUCCUUAUAAUCGGGAUAGUCCCCUCGGAGAUGAUAUGCCUCAAGAUAGUGACCUAGAUAUAGGCCGGUUGGACCUGUGUGGUGCGAUAGGUCGAUGGAUGACCUGGAAGCAGCUCUCUGGUGAGCUUUUCGUCUCAGCGAAACCUAAGCCUGUCCCAUCGUCCUGGGAGGAUGAAUUGGAUGUGGAUGUAGAUGUAGAUGAAGAUGACGGUCCUGUUACUGUUAGAAGUGAUACUCCCUUGUCUAAAAUGCCCACCCAACGGCUACGCUUUGAGAACCUCCGUUAUCUUUCUUUAGCGCAUCCAAACCCAUCCGCUACGGAUUGGAAUUCGCUCAUCAAUCUUCUCUCUCGCCUAUCAACCCUUACUCACCUAUCAUUAGCCCAUUGGCCUGUCCCAACGGUCACGCCAAACGCCAUCAACGUCCGUGUACGACACCCAACUCAAAGAUCAUUAACCUUCGCCUACGGCGGCACAGACGCAUAUGCCGCUAUCGAAAAUAACUGGGCUGAGGCAGCCGGUAUCAUGCGCAGACUCUCCCGCGCAACGUACUGUCUGAAAUGGCUAGACCUAGAAGGCUGUGGCGAGUGGAUCCCGGCCCUGGGUUGGGACGGCGUCGGUCCAGAUGGUGAGGCGUACGUCACCGGUCCGGAAUGGAAUAAGUCAUGGAGGGAUAUCGAAUUCGUUCGCUUGGGUCCAGGGUGGCUUCCCCACAUCGAUGAUAGCGAGUUACCUCCUCCCCCUCCCCCUACCUCUUCGUCUGGCCAAGCCACCUAUGCUACUCCUUCGCCUGUUGCUUCGUCUUCUUCCCCUCGCUCCCUGGCGUUCUCUGUCCAUGCAGCUUCGGCGAACAGGGAUACGGACUCCGACCUUCCGUGGGAUGUCGAGGUGGAACGGAUCAAUUACCGUCGUGAGAAGGAGUUGGAACAAUAUCGUGAAGCUGUGCAGUCUGCGAAAGCGGUUCAGCAGCGGAUCUUGCGGACUAGAAAGACGGGUAAGGGGAAAUGGAUGCAUUUCUCUUUCGGUUUAGAAGGCUUAGACGAGGAUGUUCUUAGACGGUUGCUUGGUAAGGAGUAUUUGAGUCUUCUUCCUUGA